AAGACGAAGCCAGAUGUCUAUUUCUCUCACUCCCAGCAACCACCGCACUAGCCUACACUCUAUUACUUCUUCCACUACAAAAUUUUCGGCGACACUCUCGAGAAAAAUAAAAAUAAAACUAAUAUAGAAAUUACUAUUUUUUCAUCGUUAUGUUCUUAUUUACCUUCUAUUUAUGUAAAUAAAAACAUUGAAUCCGCUAAGAUAUUUCUAACCUCCUUUAAAAACAUUAAUUUCUAUAAAAAGGUUAGUCGAUCAUCAUUCCAGCUCUAAAGCGAACUAAUAUUUCUACAAGCCAUUGAGCCAGAGAUGCUGAGAAAACUUUAAUCUAAUCCAUAUUCACAUUUGUUAUGGCUUCCUUGUCUUCUCAUUACAAAUGAAAAUUACAUUUUUCACGCGGUUUCCAAAGGCGAAUAAUCAUGAAAGGGAGAUAAACCUUUUCUUUUUGGUUUUGGAGAUGAAAAUUAAGAGAAAGAAACCUUUUUGUAUCUUAUAUGAUUUGUUCUUAUUUGUCAUGUGACCACACACACACACACACAUAUCUACAUAUAUUUGUAGCACCGUUUCUUAGUUUUCUCCCCCCUCCCCUCCAAAAAGAAGAAGAGCAUUUGGUUUUGAGUUCCAACCAGAGAUGAGAGACAACAACACAAGAGAAGGAGAGAGAACUUCAAAGCAGCAACCACAAGUUCCUAUGUCUUUGAAGCUCGUAGAUACAUGUCUGAGGCUAAGUGUGGUUCCCCUAAGUGUUGCAACCAUCUGGUUAACUGUCAGUAACCACCAAUCCAACCCUGACUACGGAAAUUUAGACUACAACUCCAUCAUGGGUCUCAAGUAUAUGGUUGGUGUUAGUGCUGUGUGUGCGAUUUAUGCUCUGCUCUCUACUAUCUCUUCAUGGAUUGCAUGUUUAGUGUCCAAAGCUUGGCUCUUCUUUGUCCCUGACCAGGUUUUAGCUUAUUUGAUGACAACAUCAGUAGCAGGAGCAACAGAGAUAGUGUAUCUACUUAACAAAGGAGAUAAACCAGUGACAUGGAGUGAAGUGUGUUCUUCUUACCCACACUUUUGCUCAAAACUCACAAUUGCUUUGGGGCUUCAUGUCUUUGUUCUCUUCGCUUUCUUAUUUCUCUCUGUCAUUUCUGCUUAUAGAGCUUUUAGUCUCUUUGAUCCUCCUUGUGAUCCUCAAACCAAUAAUAAUGCUUAAAUACUCAGUAUUCAAUCAUAUUUGCAGCCUUGGAGUCGGUUUUAUCUCAAUGAUGCGGAGAUUUUGGUGUUUUAAAUUUGUUGCUAAAUUAAUAUGAUUUGUAUUUGUCAAGAAAUCUAAUAAUGUAUGAAGUUUAUUUUGUCUU